AUGCUAAACACAAAGGUGAGUUGAAGUUGGUGGCUAUUUAUUACUACAAAGUUGGAUGUGAGUAGUCAUGAUGAUGAUGAUGAUGAUGAUGAUGAUGAUGAUGAUGAUGAUGAUGAUGAUGAUGAUGAUGAUGAUGAUGAUGAUGAUGAUGAUGAUGAUGAUGAUGAUGAUGAUGAUGAUGAUGAUGAUGAUGAUGAUGAUGAUGAUGAUGAUGAUGAUGAUGAUGCCUCUCGCUCACUGUCUCUCGAGCACUUUUUGGACAUCUGA